UCUUAUCUACCAUAAUAGCCUUAGCUACAGUCCCUAGAUCUCUAAGGAGUAAGGAGGAUUUAGUAAAGAAUUAGUGAGAGUUAGUUGUUGCUGUAUCAUUAAAAUUUUUUUGAGUAUAAUCACCAAACUGAGUCAUCUAGUACUGAGUCAUCGCAUCGGAUAUAAGUCAAGUGCUAAUUCAUUUGUAUGAUAACUAUCAUUGACUAUCAUUAACUAAUAUGCAUAAUCCUAAGAAAUCAGUGCCUAACAACUCUUCGAAUACCGAAGAAAAACCGUCAAAUAUCUCACCAGAUGUUAUAGUGUAUCAGUCUCCAAGUAAUGCUUCCCCGUCAACUCCCGAACAUGCGAUGGCUGAACCUGAUCAUGAACCAAAUCAUGAUCAUGAACAAGAACAAGAACAUGAACAUGAAAUAAAUGAAUCAGAUCAUACUAUAACUACUGAGGAAGAGUCACCACAUAGACCCCUGACUCCUAACCAAAAUCUCGACGAUGUACUUAUGGAUGGUGCUAGUGAUAGUUCCCCCAACUCAUCUCCAUCCCAAUUCAAAUUGCCUGAUUCUAUACUUAAGAAUUUAACUCCAUUAGGUCAUUUGGGUAAGUCUCAUAGACGAUAUUCCGAUGAACGAUAUGAUAUGAUAAAGAAAAGACGUCAAAGCCUUUUAGAAUUCAAAAGAGACAAAUUAUUAGCCAAGUCGAAACUUAUCACUGAGAAGUUACGCAAAUUGUCUGAAACUAACAUUAGCAUAAGAAAUGAUAAGUUAAUCAAAUUGCAUACUGAUUACUCAGAGGCCAAGGAUAGACGCCAGAAAUAUUUGGAUAGAAUUAAACGCAGAGCUUCUCAUUCGAACUCUAUAAUGGAGAAUUUCCAUCUCAUUCAAGACCAAAUCAAAUCAAGUCCAAGUAUAAAUACUGAUAUAAUAAUAACUACGACUAGUGUACCUUCAACAUCAUCAGUUCCAUCUACAGUUCCAACAAGAACUACCGAAGAGCAGUUUGAUAAGUAUGUGCAUGAGAAGUAUAUCAAAGAAGUCAGUAGCAAGAUAUUAAACUCAGGUAUUCUUGACAACUUUGAUCAGAGAAAGCUGAAGGAAGUAUUUACAUUAUUUGGUAAGGAUUCAAGCUACAGAAAUGAAAUCAGAAGUAUAUUGUAUUUUUACAAUAUCCCACAAUUAUCACGAUCUUACCGAACUUUCUUCUAUGCAUUUCUUAUGAUAUGUGAAUUUAAAGAAUGUGUUUUCAAGAAGAUGGGAUACCAUCCAUCAUUCAAUACAAACUUACCCAAUCAGGAAACUCGCAACUUUAUCAAGAAUUUCAUAUGGCUCUUACUUUUCAAGUUUGCCAAUGAAGUCAUUGCUGAUUUCAAAAUAUUAUUAAAGACUGGUUCCAAUGAAUUAUUAUUAAAGUCUUGGAAAUCAUAUACUUUUGUAUUUAAAAUCUUUAAAGGGUAUGAUUAUCAAGAUCUUCAUAAAAUGAUUAAUUCUGCUAUCAAUACUGUGAAUACUCAAAUUGAUUUAGUAGGUGAUGAAGAUGAUGAUGAUGAAUCUUUGGCUGACCAUAGAGAUAACUUUGUUAAAGAGAAAAAUCAACUAGAAAGCUUAUAUGAUGAAUCUCUUGAUCAAUUCUUUGGUGAUGAAGAAACUCAAGUAUUCUUAUCAGCAAUUGAUCAUGAAUUACGAUUCGAUGAUGGAACUUUCCGAAAUACAAUCAGUGUUAAAAGUUUCUAUUUACCGAAGAUGAAGCAUUUACUGAAAUCACAAUGGAGAAAAUUUUGGUUUAAUUAUUAUUUAAAUAAGGGACCAAGUAAUUCUAAAAUAUUAAUGCGAUCAGGUAUAUUAAAACUGAAUAUUGAAACUAAAAAUAAUAUAUUUGUCCUGAUAGAUGAUGUAUAUAAAUGUUUGGGAUUAAAUCGAACUAAUCAGGAAAAAUCUGAUACUAUUCAAGUUCUGGAAUUAGUGAACUUGGUCUAUAGUAUAUUCCUUGAUCUUUGCUUGUUUUACAAUAAACUGGGGAAGAGUAUUUCUCCUUCUCGAUUAAAAUUUAAAGUGACAAAGGAAUCGCAGGACAAAAGUAAUGGAUACGGAUUAAUUCAAGAGCAUUUACUUAUGAUUAAUGAAUUGAUUUCAAUAGUUAGUCCUGAUGAUUACAUUAUGCAUGAACACUCUAAGAAAUGUAGUGACAUUUUCCAACAGGGGACACUAGAUGAUGAGACUGUUAGGAAACAAUUAACUUAUAACUUACGAGAGUUUGAAAGUUUGGUAUCGAGCUUGUUACUAAACUCAUACAAUGUUCAUUCAUUUGAAAAUUUAGUCCAGAUUGAAACUAGUCACUUAAUUUAUAGUUCACCAUAUUAUAAUGCAUUAAAUUCCAAAAUGUUUGUCAGUUCUCCACAUAUGUUAUUUCCUAAGUUCUAUAGAUUUCUUAAGGCAUUUGAUCAUAGAAACAAAUUAGAUUUGAAUAAUUACUUACAUAUCCUAGACAGUACGUACCGGUGUCGACUUCAAGUUAAUCCUACUAGCUUAGGAUUCUUUAAACAUUUAUAUUUUGAUUUAGUGUGUCAUGAGUAUGCACCACAAUACUUGUUGCCUGAUGAACUUAAUGUGUUAUAUUUGGAGGAUUUACAGGGCUUGAAUCGUGAGAUUGGUAAUUUCAUAGAAUCUAAUGCAUUGGUAUAUGUUACCUAUGGUAUCACUUCUAUGAAUGUUUCUGAUCGGUUUACUGAGGUUGUAGCAUACUUUACUGAAGAAAAUAAUGAAAAUAAUGAAAAUAAAGAUAAUAAAGGGGAUUUACGUAGUUUCCUUAUUGAGACAUUAGGCAUUUCAGCUACUGAUGCAUUCCGAGUGUCGUCUGUGAUGGAGAAUACUACCCAGCUUCGGACUGUGUAUUAUUCGAAAUUAUUACAAGGAUUAAAGAAAGAUGGACAAGAUUUGCAGCAAUAUUUUUCUACAGUAUUUCCAUGGUCAAAAACCCAGUCAUUACAGUUAGUAACUAAAAUACAGAGAUUAGUUGAGUAUGUUGUCCAGGUCUAUGGACAAAUUUUCUCGUGGAUAUAUGACGAUUUGGGCAGGCCCCAAUGAGAAAAUAUUAUAUAGUAUGUACAUAAGAUAAUAAAUAAAAAUCAAUAAAAUUUUACAGAGUCAGAAUUAGUGCACAGAGUGUACUACAAAACUUUACUAGAGAAUACUUGCAGUGUGUACUGAAAAUUUUUGCAUCUAUAUUUUGACACGAAAUAAAUUCAUUUAAGCUCACCAUAUCAGCUGAUCAGG